CAUUCAUUUAAGAUUCUUGGAUUUAAAAAUAGUAGUAGUUUUUCUCUCUCUUCAUCUUCUCUUUCAUGUCGACUAUUAUUCCUCAUUGUCCCAUGACAAACUUACCUUCUGUUUUUCCCCCAUCUAAAGGCUGACAUGAGAUUUCUCAUCUCGACAUCAAACCUGAUCAUCUCACUUCAGCCGCACCUUUCACUCUUUGAAGAUGAUCCGCAUUCAUAACCCUCACCAUGUGCCAUUUCUGCAUCAGACGGAGCAGCUCCGCCAGGCCGGAACCCUUUGUGACACGCUUCUCACCGUGGAGGGCCUUUCAUUUAAAGCCCACGCACUGAUACUAGCGCUGGCGAGCAAACGUCUCAAGCGUCAGCUAACAAAACAGCACGGUCCAGGGUACUGCUGCGUUAUAGAAAGAGUCUCUUCCCACACCUUCAAGCAAAUCCUAGACUAUAUGUACAGCGAAUUGCUGGAGGUGCCCAAAGAUGAUCUUGAGGAGCUGCUGAGGGGCGCUGAGUACCUGGAAGUGGAGUCUUUGGUAGAACAAUGUCAAGCACAACUUAGAGAUCCAGAAUCCCCAACUAAGACAGACGCAAAAGUGAUACAUUCCCUCCAAGAUGACAAAGCACACAAGGACACUCGGUUGUCUAAAACUAGCCACAAUUUGGAUGAAGACCACCUUGAUUGUUCUUUAGAAGAAGAACGUUCUUCCACCAAGAGGUCGGUCCAUGAUGCACAUAAGAAGAGCUGUUCUCCCGUGUCUCCUCUGCCUCCCAUGUUCUCCAGUGACACCAUCAUCUCCUCCAGCUCUCCGUCUCCAAGCUCUCGUUUCUGCUGGCCACCGGUCAGCUCGUCUAGGAGCAUGGUGUUAAACUGUAGAGAAAUUAUGACCUUCCACUCCCUUCGAGCGUAUCCCUACCCCACACCCAUAUACCCCAUCGUCCACCACUCGCUCCAGCCACAGGUCUCCUCCUCACUUAUAGGUUACACGGGGUUGCUUCACCACUAUCACCCUCUCAUACACUCUCCUCCACUGACUCAAGACAGUCCCUUCAUUCCUGGUCUGAAAGGAAAGAACGCCUCUAUCAGUGCAGCUUUAACGGGGUCCAUGUCAGAUGAUCAAGAGAGGAAGCCAAAGGUUCAAGAGGAGAGGGAGAUAUGCUGCAGACACUGUGGUAAACCGGCCCUGGAAAACCCCUGGAGGCCAACGACUGGGUCAUCAACCUCAGGUUCUGGGGAAAUGGCGCUGAGGUGUAAGUUCUGUGGCCGAGGUGGACGGGACAGGCGAUCUCUGCGCUCACUCAGGAGGGGUGUUGGAGAAGAGAAACCUUACCAGUGCAAACAGUGUAGCAAGAGGUUCAGCCUUAAACACCAGCUGGACACACAUCACCGGGUCCACACAGGUGAAAAACCAUUCGAGUGUCGGCUGUGUGGCCAGCGUUCACGUGACUAUUCAGCUAUGAUCAAGCACCUGCGUACUCACGGCGGCGCCACUCCUUACCAGUGCACCCUGUGUCUGGAGUUCUGUAGCAGCCUGGCAGCCAUGCAGAAACACCUGAAGAAUCACCCCACGCAGGACUUCCCUCCAGACUGGAACCUGAGCAGCACGUACCUGUACAACUGCCACACCUGAGCCCUGCACGAUAAAGCAUGUAGAUAUGGAACAUUUUAUACAGAUUUGAUAUUUUGAAUACUUUUAUUAAUCUAUUUUGAAGCCAUUACUAAUAUGAUAAUAUAUUUAAUAUACAUACAAAGGACAUUUAUGCCAGUUGAUUUUUGUUUUCGUUGAAGACGUCUAGUUGGGUGAACACCUCACUCACCAAUUAAGAUUAAGUAGACUGUAAUUUGCCAAUGCUUAUAACUUUCUCUGUGAAAUAUCAUCACAAUAGCAUAAAAAAUAUUUGUUUGUUUAUUUAUUGCGCUGGUCAAAUCUGUACCAUUUAUAUAAGCACUCACUAUGUGAUCUA